ACCCCGGCGGCCGCCGGCCGAGCGCUCGCCCGCCUCCAGCGCGCGCAGCCGGGGCCCGCGUCGCCCGCCGAGCUUGACCUUGGGUCGGGCCCCCGCGGGUGGGACCGCCGUGCCCGGGAAGCGGCGACUUCGAGCCUCUUCUCUCGGUCUCCCGAGCAGGCUGCGCUGCGAGAGCGCGGGCCGCGCCCUCCCGCCUCCUGGCGCUCCCCAUGCACCUGCCCGGCUGCGCCCCCGCCAUGGCCGACGGCAGCUUCUCGCUGGCCGGCCACCUGCUCCGCAGCCCGGGAGGGAGCACCUCGCGGCUGCACAGCAUCGAGGCUAUCCUGGGAUUUACCAAGGACGACGGGAUCCUCGGUUCCUUCUCGGCGGAGCCGGGCGCUCGGGGAGCGAAGGAGCGGGAUAGGAGGCCCGGCGCGCGGGCCGCUUGCCCCAAGGCGCCGGGGGGAGGCGCCGAGCCCUCCGCGCAGCCUGCCCCGGUGCCCGCUCCCGAGUACGAAGCCCCUCGACCCUAUUGCCCCAAGGAGCCUGGGGAGGCGCGGCCGAGCCCAGGGCUGCCGAUCGGUCCCGCCACCAGCGACGCGAAGCUGUCGGACGAGGAGCAGCCCAAGAAGAAGCACCGGAGGAACCGCACGACCUUCACCACGUACCAGCUGCACGAGCUGGAGCGCGCGUUCGAGAAGUCUCACUACCCCGACGUGUACAGCCGCGAGGAGCUGGCGGGCAAGGUCAACCUACCCGAAGUCCGGGUCCAGGUGUGGUUCCAGAACCGACGGGCCAAGUGGCGGCGGCAGGAGAAGCUGGAGGUGUCGUCCAUGAAGCUGCAAGACUCGCCCCUCCUGUCCUUCAGCCGCUCGCCGCCCUCGGCGGCCCUGGCGCCCCUCGGGACGGGCCCGGGCGGCGGCGGCGGGCCGGCGGGGGGCGCCCUGCCGCUCGAGUCGUGGCUCGGGUCGCCGCUGCCGGGCGGGGGCGCCACGGCGCUGCAGAGCCUGCCGGGCUUCGGGCCGCCGGCGCAGAGCCUGCCCGCCAGCUACACGCCGCCGCCGCCGCCCUUCCUCAACUCCCCGCCGCUGGGCCCCGGCCUGCAGCCUCUCGGGCCGCCGCCGCCCGCCUACCCGUGCGCGCCCGGCUUCGGGGACAAGUUCCCGCUGGACGAGGCGGACCCGCGCAACAGCAGCAUCGCGGCCCUGCGCCUCAAGGCCAAGGAGCACAUCCAGGCCAUCGGGAAGCCGUGGCAGGCCCUCUAGGGCCACCGGGGACCACAUCGGGCCGGACCACCGCCCCGGGAGCCGCCCCGGAGCCGCACGCGCGCCUCCCUCCCUCCUUGGGGCCCCCCACUGUCACUCUCCCGAGCCGUCUGAAGCUGCAGCCGGGCGGGGCUCUAGGACGCGCGCGUCUGUCCCCGGCGCGCCGGGGAGGGCUGACCACCCGGCCUGCCGAGGCCCUCCGGCCACCCCGGCCCUGGUGCCGGAGGGGGAGAGGCGGCCGGGCCCCUCGGGGUUCAGCCUGACCUCGGCGUGGCUAUCCCCCAGAAAACGACAGCUGGGAGGACGGGGAGGCCGAGAAAUAGAGUUCGAGGGACUGUUUGUACGCGUAGUUUGAAGUCCUGGGGAGGAGAAUUAAAGGUUGCCUUGUUUUGGUUUGA